GGAUUUGGGGGUGGGUCAUCCGGGUUGUGGAUCCGACCCUAAACGAGAGAAGACCGUGGAGGAGCAGAAGGCUUCAAGCGAUUAGUGAAGCUGCGCAUGAAUCUCCUCCUCGCGCUCAAUGAAAACGCUUUCAGCGAGUUUCCCGUUUCUGCAGCUGGUUCUGUGGUGCCAUUACCGCACAGUUCGCCCUAAAGGCCAACUACCAAGUUCCUCACACACUCACAGUACCCCCAAGAAUCAAUCGUUGUGUGAACAUGACGGGUCGGACUGUGGGAGGCCUCCUCCGGGACCUGUCCGUUCCCUCAUUGCCGACUGUGGAGGGACUGGUUUCCAGGCCUCUUGGAAAGGCUGUGUCCUUAACUGACGGGACUGUGUCCAAUCCGACUUCCACAAGCCAGCUGGCCCAAAACCUACUGAGUCACACCUUCGACCUCAAACACAAGGAGCUCCUUUCCAACGACGAAGCGAAAGCCGGGAGCAGCUGCGAUGAAGAGAACGGCAACAACGCGCGUCGCAAGCGAGAGUUCAUCCCUGCAGAGAAGAAAGAUGAUGGCUAUUGGGACAAGAGGAAAAAAAACAACGAGUCCGCCAAGCGGUCCAGGGAGAAGAGGCGAGCCAAUGACACGGUGCUGGAGAGGCGAGUCGUGGGCCUGCUGGAGGAGAACGGCCGCCUGAGAGCCGAGCUGCUGGCGCUGAAGUUUCGCUUCGGCCUGGUCAAAGACUCGUCCGAUGUUUCCUCCAGGACGCUGUCUGCACCCCUCUGUCCCCAACCAGCACCAAGACUGACACAUUUCUACCAACCUCACGCUGACGGCUUCCCAUACCACAACAACCCGCCCAGCACCCACCUCACCCACCCUCACCCUCCCCAGCAGGGGGCCGUUUAUGGGCCGAGGGGAGCUGGACUUCUUUCAGCCAACAGUGUAUCCGAGGAGUCCGGUGUGUCCGCCUCAUGGCGCUCAGAAGGGGGCAGCCCUGUGUUUUUUGAUGACGCAAUAUGUGAGCGUAGUGGACCUCCUCUCAGGGAGCCGAGGGAGGAUCAACAAGGCUACGACUCCCACAGCUGUCCCAUGGAGGUCAACAGGAGUCCGUAUGUAAGCAGACUGGACUCACCAGAGGGUUUGAGGAGCCUCCCGCAUAAGCUCCGCUUCAAAGGGCCUGCUGGUUGCAGCGAUGGAGGGGAGAUGUCUCCACCCUCCGACACCAGACACGGUGGACCCCCUGUAGCCACGGUGUGGCCGAACAUCCAGGUGAGGAACAACCAGCACUCGGCAUGGGACAAUCAGACUGCAGGUCAGGUUUCUGGGUUCUGUGGUGGACCACGGCAGCAGUGUCAGGGUCCGUUAUCUGGACCGUACAACGCCUCCUCGCUGCAGUACUCCAGGGACUCGUCCCGGGAUUCAACAGAAGAUGUCAGUCUCAGGUCUCAGAUCAGCUGUUUGUCUCAGGAAGUGGCCCAGCUCAAGAGGCUCUUCUCUCAACAGCUGCUCUCCAAAUCGGUUAAAGCCUGAGCACAAGGACGGGCACAUUUCUCACUACACCUUCGGAGGCCGUUGAUGCGGACUCCUGGCUUGCGCAGGACAGCGUGGCCUCCGCUGACCUCGCAAAUCUCAUUUCACACACCUGCUUCACUGGAAAGGUUUGGGAGCCUGUUUGUUAUGUUAUUUCACUUUUAAAAUGAGAUUCUACUAAUGAAGGCAAAGGUUUAAGGGGUUUCUGUGUUAAUCCUUCUGUUAUUUGAAGGAUUGUACAUUUCUGAAUACUUGACUGAAUGAACCCCAGAACGACUGAACCUGUAGAUACAACAAUGUGUCAUAUCAUACAUCUCACCAGGUCCACUUUUUGUCUUUUUUGGAACAAUAUUUUGUUUAUAGGCUUAUGAACACAAAUAAUAUGUAUCAAUAUUACGUGAUGUCUCCGAAAAUUCACUAUUAUUUGUUUAAUUAUUUUUGUUAUCUUUAAAUUGAUCGAUGCAUUUUUAUCUUAUGAGAGGGAGUUAUUAUGAAUCACUUUUAUGGUUGCGUGAUUAUAAUAUACAGUAGAACAAGUGAACUGUACUUGAAAAUAAAAUAAUAUUUUAUACAAAGAAUGAAUCUCAAUCUCUGACAGAUUUCUUUCAGUAGAUUUUACAUGACAACUCGUCCUCAUAUGGUUUUGUCAAGGCAGAGCAGGCAGCAUUCUCUGUCUUCCAGAUUGUAUGACCUUGUUAAUAACUUAGACAUAUCAAUGUUUUGUAUCUGCUCUAAAGGCCACGCAUAUUUUAAGAGACACCGCCGUGAUUAUACAUUAUGCAAGAGAGUUUUAAGCUUUUUCUUUU